UUUAGAUUUUUCCAACCAGGAGAACCUUGUAUGGCUAAAGCGUUAAGGAGUGUGAACUGAGCUCUUAUUCGGUAUACUGUGAAAACCUAAACAAUCGUGUUUCUGAUUUUGAUGUAUUCCCCCUCUCUAUUUAGAGGUUUUUAGGGAACGUUAUGGAGCAGGGGUCUGUUUAUGACGAAAAAUUGCCCAAAAGAAAGCGAAAAGGAUCUGAUGAUGGGUUUGAAGAGCCUAACAAUAAACAUUUGAAGCUGUGGCCAAAUUUGUUAGAUGUAGAUGAUACUGGAAAAGAAAUCAAGAUAUAUACAGAUAAAAUAGAAGCAGUCUCUGAUACUAAAAUUGAACAUUCUGAAAUAACAACGGGAAACAAUGACGCGAGGCAAAGUAUUCAAAGUAUUCAAAUCAGCACUUUUAAGGAUAAAGAUGCUGAGGGAUCUGACCAAGACGAUUCAUUUCAUCAAGAAUCGGAGAUGAAAAUUGUUCAGACUAGAACUUUCGCAGAGGAUACAACAGAAUGUUCAGAAGCUUCUAUACCAGUAAAAGUCAUCAAUUUAGAGAAAACAGCAACAACAGAUGAUUUGUCCUCUCCUAAGAAAGAAAAUGCUAUUUUAUCCUCGCAAAAUACCCAGAAAGAAGUUGUGAUAUGUCAGAAUGAUGAUCAACAUUCUAUGGAUAUUACAGAAUCAGAAGGAGAUUCCGAAGAAGUUACAGUAAAAAAAGACGAGUAUGUGUAUAGAUUACUUCGUGUUAAUGAAGGUUUCAGACGUGGUCUUCGCCCAAAAAAUAUCGAUUCAAAAACAAGCCUAAAGGAGCAUGUUGAGAAUGGAAGCAAUAAAGGCGCAGAAUCACGAUUCAUUUCUUGUUGCAAAACGAUAAAUGGGUUGGAGGAAUUGGCAAGUUUGACAAAUAAACCAAAAAGCGUUCGUCUCGUUGUGCGUAUCAAUAUUACGAUGCUGGACCCUAAAGAAGUUAAAGUAAUAGAUCUGACUGAUGAAAGCGUUCGACUGAAGUAUUUUAAAAGUAAUUCAAGAGCCUGUAAUGUUUCAAGCAGAUUUGGUGAAGUCAUUCUAGAGCCAAAAACAUGCAUUCCUGGAAACUGUAUUCAAAAAAUAGGAACCGUUCGGCAGCGAAGUUUUAGACCUUUCUUCUAAAAGUUUAAUUCUUUUAAUUGCAUAAUUUAACAUUUCUUCAACAACGUUUUUUUUUACACAGCAUGUUGACAUUCGAAAUUCUCGGGAUUUUUAAAAAAGUAAAUGCACUGUGUAACAGUUAUCUCCCGUAUUUUUUUAUUAACAGAAAAAAAAAUCCAAUGAAAAUGUUCAUGCAUUUGUAAUAUCGUCUCUGAGUUUAUCAAUGCAAAUGUGAUAUUGUGGAAACAUAUAAUAAAAAGCCUCCCGUGAUUUAGCGUGAAUGUAAUGCGCAUGCGAAAGAUUGUAAAAUCUAAAAAUAUCUGAUGAUUUCCGGAUAUCGUGGAGGAAUUUUCGUUGAUUAUUAAUUAGCGAAGCUUGAUUGAGAAAAAAUAAAAUCAGAUUGGUAAUCUUCAAGUAUCAAUGAUGUUUAGAAUAUAUAAAACAAAAGACAGUACUCUUCUGAUUUAUCGGUAUUAAAGCCCAACAAUUCGAGUCUAUUAUUUUAAUAUAGUAGUAUAGAUAGAUUUAAAUCCAUUGAUAGUUUUGAAUGACAGAUAAAAAUAUUUCCGUUUCUUUAAUUAAUAAUAUUACGUAACCUAUUAACUUUUGUACCUUGUAUAUUCAUUGAUUCGUUAUUUAUGCAACAUUUCUUUGUUGAAAAUUAUGUGACAGUGUUUUAUCAUUGAUUUGAAGAAAAGAGUUUUUAAAAAAAUCACUUAAUGUCUGGUAUUUCACAGUUGUGGAUUUAAAUGACGAUCUUUUUCCUUAUUUUAUUUCAUUUGCUGACGAACUCCGAUGUUAAAUGGAAUGAAUGUUGUUGAAAAGUCGUCAUAAAUAUUUGCAAACAGGCGAUAAAAACAUUGGUGAGCUGUUUUAAAAACAGCCUUUCUAAACCAAUAUUAUUUUUUUUAUUUAUUGCCACAAUUAAUAAUUAUACUUUAUGGAUUGUGUGUGGUGCUUUUGAUUCUAAUCUGAAAAUCGUUGUGAUGUCAUUUUGAAUAAAAUUUUGAAAAAAAUGUCAUUUUAACCUUCA